AUGAUUGUACGUGUAACUCAUUCAUUUCCUGUAGAAGCAAAACUCAAAGCAUACAGUAACAUUAACAACGGUUUGAAAAUUGGAAUGGGUUUCGAAUCUUACAAAAAAAAUAUAAAUGACACACGAGCUAAUUUAAUUAUUCCUAGAAUUGUUAUCAUUAAGAGGCUUCCUGAGAAAUAUGCCGGCCAACAUAAAUUACUUUUUCUGAAAGCCCUGGAAAUUCUAAACAAGAAUAUGCUAAAGAGAAAAAAAUCGCACCGCAGGGUCGCGAGUAAUUGGCUGUCAAAGUUUAAAAUAUGCUUGCUACGUGCACCUAAAAAAAUCUUAAAGCCUAAGCCUGGGCCAUUUUUAGCCCUAUUAAAAAAAUUAAAAAAAUGUAGCAAUAAAACAAACAGGUACUCGGGUGUCGAACAUACACUCUCGUCGAUGCAUGCUGCUCGCUUUCCCUGUUUGGCCACAGAGGGCAUGAAGAUUCACUGUUCAAAUACUUUAUAUUGUUGUCAGAAAAAACAGAAGUUCAUUUUGAGAAAAUGCUAA